AAAAUGCCCAAAAUUAACUAGAAAGAGAGAUAGAGAAGAAGCUUAUCACAUUGUAAAAGCACGAACUUUGAGAAGAGCCUUCAGAGACCCAAAAGAUCCCCCCCCUCAGAAAUAAAUAAAGGCUAUAACUACCUCAGUGGAAACCUCAGGCGUGUGUGUUUAUCUUCCUCUUAUACCAAUAAUAACAAUCUCAUCUCUGGGCACUACUUGUCCAGACUUUUUUGGGGCUUUAGGAUAUAAAACCAGAGAGACAGACAGGACAAUCUCAAGGUUAUUUGUUUCUUCAGACAUAAUGAACCACCACCACCAUUUCGUUCCUGACUUCGAGGCCGAUGAUGAUUAUGUCAACGCUAACACAAACUCUUCUUCUUCAAAUCUUCCUAGAAAACCCAUCAUGUAAAGGGGAAGAAGAAGAUGGUGAUCUCAUGGAGCUUCUAUGGCACAACGGUCAGGUGGUUCUCCAAAAUCAAAGACCAAACACCAAGAAACAACCUCCUUCUUCUUCUUCUUCCUCUGCUCCUCCCCCGCCGUUGGAUCAUAAUCUCUUCAUCCAGGAAGACGAAAUGUCCUCAUGGCUUCAUUAUCCUCUCCGCGAAGAUGAUUUCUGCUCAGAUCUUUUCUUCCCCGCCGCGCCGUCAUCUGAGAGACAGGCCUCGAAUCAGGUCACCUCCGCCAGGCCACCGGUACCUUCCACUGUGAGGCCGCCGGAACCGUCGUCUAUGAGGCCACCGGCACCGUCGUCUGUGAAGCCUCCGGUACGGAACUUCAUGAACUUCUCGAGGCUGAGAGGGGAUUUCACCGGCAGAGGAGAAUCUGGACCGUCGACUGUGAGAGAAUCGGCGAAAGUAAACCCUAGCGCCACACCGGCGUCGUCGGCAGCGAGGGAAUCCGAUUUAGGAUCCAGAUCCGCCGUGGAUGGAGGCGGGGCGUAUACUGUGGGAGAUAAUCGGAAGGGAAAGGCAGUGGUGACGACGGAGCCGGCGAGAGAGAAUCAAGGUACAUCGUCUUCUGUUGCGUCGAAGAGUGAAAUCGAGACGAUCGUCGAUGAGAGGAAACGAAAGGAGAGAGAAGCCAUUGACGAGACUGAGUGCCGGAACGAGGAGGCUAAACAAGGACGUGGAUCAUCAUCGACUAAGAGAUCUCGUGCUGCUGAAGUUCAUAAUCUCUCUGAAAGGAAACGGAGAGAUAGGAUCAACGAGAGGAUGAAAGCUCUUCAAGAACUCAUUCCUCGCUGCAACAAGUCAGAUAAAGCUUCAAUGCUUGAUGAAGCUAUUGAGUACAUGAAAUCUCUCCAGCUUCAAAUACAGAUGAUGUCAAUGGGAUGCGGUAUGAUGCCGAUGAUGUACACCGGUAUGCAACAGUACAUGCCUCACAUGGCUAUGGGAAUGGGAAUGGAGAUGGGUAUGAACAGGCCUCCUCCUCCUCCUCCUCCGUUCAUGCCAUUUCCAAAUAUGUUAGCUUCUCAAAGACCUUUACCUCCACAGACUCGUAUGGGCGGCUACCCUCCUGUUCAAGCUUCUGAUCCAUCAAGAGUAUAUGGAUCAAACCAGCAGUUUGAUCCAAACUCGAGCCAGGCUCAGUUUUCAGCUUACAUGGAUCCAUUUCAGCAAUUCCGCAGUCUCCACCCCAGCCAACCACCUCAGUUUCAGAAUCAAGCAGCAUCGUACCCAAGUUCAAGCAGGGUAAGUAGUAGCAAGGAAUCCGAGGAUCAUGGAAACCAAACAACAAGUUGAUGAGGCCCUGAGACAGAUGAUCUGUUUUCACAAGCAAUAUACAAUUUUGAGAAAAUUGACAGAGAGAGAGAGACCUAACAUGUACAUCGCAGUUUCAUAUAUACAUAUGUAUUAUGUUCUUGUUGUUAUUCUCUCUUCCGGAUUGUAUACUACUUAGAGAUCUGUACAUGUCAAGACCCAUAAAUUUAUUGUACAUACAGGUUGAAGAGGCUUAGUGAAGAGAUUGCAUGAGA